AUGCAAACAUUUCCUGACGGGACCUUGGGACAGACGUCAAAGCUAGACUCUAUUCCAGAUAUUUCCCCGCCUCGGCCGCCGAAACCGCACCCGGCUCACGACCGAUCUCCUGUGGAAACGUGCAGCCUCUCCCGCACAGCCUCGGACACGGACAGCAGUUACUGCGUCCCUACAGCAGGGAUGCCGCUGUCACGUAGUAACACCAUUUCCACCGUGGAGCUGAACAAAUUGCGAAAAGAUGCUAGUUCUCAAGACUGCUAUGAUAUUCCACGAACAUUUCCAAGUGAUAGAUCUAGCUCACUUGAAGGCUUCCAUAAUCACUUUAAAAUCAAAAAUGUGUUGACAGUGGGAAGUGUAUCAAGUGAAGAAAUGGAUGAAAAUUAUGUUCCAAUGAAUCCCAACUCACCACCACGACAACAUUCCAGCAGUUUUACAGAACCAAUUCAGGAAGCAAAUUAUGUGCCAAUGACUCCAGGGACAUUUGAUUUUUCUGCAUUUGGAAUGCAAGUUCCUCCACCUGCUCAUAUGGGCUUCAGGUCCAGCCCAAAGACACCUCCCAGGAGGCCAGUUCCCGUUGCAGACUGUGAACCACCCCCCGUGGACAGGAACCUCAAGCCAGACAGGAAAGUCAAGCCAGCACCUUUAGAAAUAAAACCUUUGCCAGAGUGGGAGGAAUUACAGGCUCCAGUUAGAUCUCCCAUCACCAGGAGUUUUGCUCGAGACUCCUCCAGGUUUCCCCUGUCCCCACGACCAGAUUCAGUGCACAGCACAACGUCAAGCAGCGACUCACAUGACAGUGAAGAGAAUUACGUUCCCAUGAACCCAAACCUGUCCAGUGAAGACCAGAGUCUUCUUGGCAGUAACAGUCUUGAUGGAGGAAGCAGUCCUGUGAUCAAGCCCAAAGGAGACAAGCAAGUAGAAUACCUCGACCUCGAUUUAGACUCUGGGAAGUCCACACCACCAUGUAAGCAAAAGAGCAGUGGCUCAGGCAGCAGUGUCGCUGAUGAGAGAGUGGAUUAUGUUGUGGUUGACCAACAGAAGACCCUGGCUCUGAAGAGCACGCGGGAAGCCUGGACGGAUGGCCGGCAGUCCACAGAGUCGGAAACACCCAGCAAGAAUGUGAAGUGAAAGCAGCACUCUGCCGUUUCUGAACGAGAGAGAAAUCCUUUUUUGAAGAUGACUUGACACUCUAGGUAGAUCCUUGUAGGAUUGCAGUCAAAAGACCUUUCAGACAUAAUCAAGCAAUUUAGACUGUAAAUGGUGCUUUGUGGUAUCUGAACAAUUCGUGCUGUGUAAAUAACGUGGGGAAAUAGUAUUUAGCUCCCAGAGAAACAU